UGGAUGUUGGGACACAGCGUGCACUUUGCGGCUCGACCCACUGCCCAUCUUAAGCCAUUCCCAACUUUGACCAGAGUGGUGCAAAGGAUAGGGAUUGUUGGGAAAUUGUACCGCUGUCAUCUUGGCAAGACUUUGCACACAAUCACCUGACCCUCAUAAACUCGAAGUUUUUGCUUCUUUUGCAUGAAGAGAACAUGAACCGACCGGAAGGCCAGUCCAGUUGGACUUUGUUUGGGACGGUGUGGCUGCAAGGUAUUCAACAAGCUUUGCAAAGACACUACCUCAAGGCUACACCUGAGCACUCUCAGCCCGGGCUUCUGGACUGGCUGCGAACCGUCCUUGGCGCAGGUGUUGCAUAUCUGCACCCUGCGCUGCCUGUGGCUAUCCUCAUGCAGAUUCUGCUCUAUGUUCUGAGGCAGUGGCCGGAGGUCUAUCGCAGCUUGCGUUUGGACGGUGUCCUAGGCUCAGCGCUUCACACUUGGGCACGAUUUCAGAUGAUGCUGGGACUCAUGAGAACACUCCAACAUUUCUGGCGCUGUUAUUUGAAGAAGAAGGUCUGAGGGCAUCGCACUGGAAAUUUGGCUGUGUCCAACAAGUGAUUCCCC